CAAGAUCUUCCGUCCAAAUGGCGAACCUCGAGUCACCGACCGCCGAGAGCUAUGAUCUUACUACGGGAAAAACGCGAUUCAACUGGAACACGGAAGAUGCAAUCAGCGUGGAAUCUGCGCCAACAAACAAAAACAGGAGUUUCUCCAUUUUCACAAAAAUGAUUGCCGAAUUUCUUGGAGAUUUCACUUUCGUCUUUAUUGGCUGUAUGCAAACUGUAGUAACAGUUGCAAGUGAUGGCGAAUCAGCUAGAGAAGUAGUGGAUACCAUUCUUCAUGCAACUCUCGCACAUGGUUUUGCUAUAUUUAUACUCGUUGCGGCUUUGGGACAUAUAAGCGGAGGACAUUUCAAUCCAGCUGUCACAUGGUCGGUGGCCGGUGCCGGAAAAAUGCCUCUUUGGCAUGUACCGUUUUAUUGGUUUGCUCAGCUUCUCGGAGGUUUCUGUGGUGCUCUUUACGCAGCUUUAGUCAUGACUAAAGCUCAGCUCUACGAAAGUCACGCUGGUGCCACUUUGCUCAGUCCUUCCAACAAGUGGUGGGAGGGUCUGGCAAGCGAAUCUGUGGUCACAUUUUUCCUUUGUCAUACCGUUCUUCUCACCGCUGUUGAUACAAAUAAAAACUUGCUCGCUCCAUUGGCUAUUGGUUUGACAUUAAGUAUUGACAUUUUGUCAACGGGAGCAAUAACAGGGGCGUCAAUGAAUCCGGCACGAUCUCUUGGUCCAAAUAUUGUCGGUCAGAUCUUCAUCAACGAGACUUCCUUACCACUACACUUCUGGGACUAUCAUUACAUCUACUGGGCGGGUCCAUUUAUCGGUGCUACAGUAGCAACAUGUAUCUACUGGAUAUUUGAAUCACGGCAAGUUCGAUUGAUCCGAUGACCUGCUCAGAUCUGCCGCACAAUUUAUGUCCUAUUAUGACAAUCAACUACAUCGUCUUAUUUGGGUAUACGCUGUUGUUGAUUGUUUUCGAAGAUAUAAAAUAUUUAUGCCUGC